UUUCUGAAAAAAUCUAGAACAAGAAGAUGAUCCAUGAAAUCUUGCUCAAAGUUGUCAAAGAGCAAACAACCUCUGAUGGCAGGUGGACAGAUGACAUCGACCUUAGGGUAGCAGAGAUGCAGUCAAAAGAAGGAAUGCGCGUCUGUCCAAUGUGUGACACUAGUAUGCCAAAGACAAAACGGAAGUGUGUAAAUAAAGACUGUGGCGUCAAUUUGAAAAGUGCAGAAGAACAAGCCAGCGGUACUGAUGUCCUUGGGACUGCACUGAUUGCCCCUGUCCGCACCUUUCAGCACCGGGUGCAUGAGACCUCACUUGGCUUUCAAGUUCAAGAAAACGAGGCAUUUGUUUACAAGAAGGAGGAGCUUUGGGAGACAUAUGAUGAGUGGACUGAUGUCCCCAGUAGACACCCUCCACAUCCAAUCAAGGUGGAAACAUCUGACCCUGUGUUUGUGAACCCCAAUUCCUUUGACUCAGUCAAAGAAGUUCUUCGACGAGUUGGCCAUGCAGCUUCUGUAAGUCGAUACCAUCCAAAUGUGCCAAAUGCAAGGAAAUGGCUCAGUGUAACCAUGGAUGGCUCUCCCUACUUGGUUAGUAGAACAGUAAUCGAUGCAGUUUACUUGUGUUGUGAUUGUGAAGCGGAAGUUCUGAAAUCAAAACAGGAUGACCACCGUAUUGAUGUGCAUCAAGGUCAUAGGGUUAAUUUCAUUAUGGAGUUUGACUGGGUGUUAUUGCGUAUUGGUAAGCUCCACCUUGAAAUGAACAUGGCCAAAACAUUCACCAGCCAUAACUGGGAGGUAUUCAUGUGUGAGCUGACUAAAGAGUUGGGGUUCACCUCAGAAGCAGCACAAAAAUAUGUGAAGAAGUGUUCGGAUCAUCAUAAAACGAUGUCCAUCCUGAAAGUCGCCCAUAUUGGUUUCUGGUAUGAGUUACUUCUACCUUAUGUCCAUAAUCGCCUUUCUUCUGGAUCUCCCAUGUCAGUGAAUGACUUCCUGUAUGACUGGGUCAGACAAGUGGGUUGGAAUAAUCCUAACUACAAGUACAUCUUCAACACAACCUGGACGUAUCUGAUGGGCAUUCAACUGCUUCACAUUGGUGUGAGGAGAAACAAUGCUGAAUACAUCAGGGCAGGGCAUAUGACCUUUGCACCACUGUUUCACAGAAACUGUGCUUCCAAAUAUGCUUUGAUUGAUUUGCAUGACAGGUAAGCAUAC